AUGUGCCUUCUCACAGCUCUCUCCAACUCUUUCUCCAAUGUCGUGGAACCCAUCCUCACAGUCACCAAGCCUGAUGACCUCAAGCUUGAUGACAUCUGCAACCGUCUUCUCGACAAAGCAAAUUGUCGUGGCACAAAUGUUGCCACCUUCUACGCACCUAACACAAAGGCCUUCUCUUUGUCAGCACCCAAAUUGGGCAAAACAAAGAAGAAGUGCAACUUCUGUGGGUACAAGGGCCACGUCAAGAAAGACUGCCGUAAGAAGAAAGCUGCUGCGCAGAAAGCAAAGAAGGCUUCUGGCAAGAGCGAAAACAGAAAGUCUAAUCUGUCUGGUAAUAGUACUGGUUUUACAUCUUAUAACUCUGGAGUGAACCGCUGGAUGCUCAAUUCCAGCUGUAUGUGA